AUGAGGACCAAUGUGUCCGGAGAAUCAAGUGCUCUGAAGUUGAGUGGGCUCUUGUCUGUGUUGUACACUGAAGGGGGUGAGCAGACGAGUCUUGAAGACUGCAGCGCGAAGGUGGCAGUAAUUGACGGCCUUGGGAGCCACCGGCCGCUGGAGGUUCUGGUCCUGGCGGACCCGAAGGACCUUGAGAAGCCGCGUUCCAAGUUCGACCUGGCACACGAUAGUGUGCGACUGUUGGUGCUGCCGCCCGAAGACGUCGGCACUUACGUGGGGAAAGGUGACGCUGACGGUGUUCACGCCCUCAAGGGCAAGACCGGGCUAGACGAACGGACGACGCUGAUUGAGACAGGGACGGCUGACUACCACCAAGCGACGGACUCCUUAGCGACCAGCGUUUGGCGUGGCUUGGUGGCGCCCAAGAAUCCGCUGGACGCGUUGGACGAACCAGUCGCCGAUCGAAUCUUCGAAGACAUCAUGCCAAGGACUAUGAUGCCGGCGCAAUCCGUAGAAAAUGCUCCGCGACCCUUUAUAAAGGAGUGGCGGUCGGUCACGGAACAAGACUACGACUUGUUCUGGAAGCUGCACUUCAGCCCCCAACAAACCGACUCAAAAAUGCGCGAGGUGGAAUAUGAUGACUUGACUGCCUUGCACAAUAUUGUGAUCGAUGCUUCGGUUCACGGGGGAUCGUCGCGCUCCAAGUCCAGUGUGGUCUGCCAGAGAGUGCUGGAAUAUGCCGCUGUGACCGCCGCAUUUGUGGCCUUCCGAUGGUGGAUGGGCAGCUCUGGCUACUGGGGCAACGUAAAGGGUUCCGCUUUGGGCAGCGGGAUCGCCUCAGCCAGUGGCAGCGCGGAUGUCCCGGAGGCCGACGGUCUGUACCAAGCGCUGACGACAGAGGCCCCAGGCCUCUUGCAGAAGUUGACGGACAAUUUUACGACAGCGGCAGAGAGUAUGAUUAACAACGUGACGGCGAUACAUAACCUUGCGGAGGCCGGGAGCUUUAAGCCGAGCAGUGACUUUCAAACGGCGAAGGUAGUGGGCCAGUUUGUGACGGAGGCUAUUACCAAAGCGGUGAAGACUGCGCGGAAGGAGUUGAGUACGACAGGAGCAGAGAGUAUGAUUAACAACGUGACGGCCAGUGCGACGGCGAUACAUGACCUUACGGAGGCCGCGAGCUUUAUGCCGACCGCGAGCUUUAUGCCGACGGCUAACCGUACAAUGGCUGGCCAAUGGCUGGCGAAGGUGGCUGGCCAAAAUGCGACGGAGGCUACUACCGAGUCAGUACAGACUUUGGCGGAGAAGUUGAGAGAGGCGACCAACCCUAAUUGGCAUGUAGGUGAACGUAUAUCGGAUUCGUUAUUGUAUAAGCCCGGUGUGUACAGAGAUCCUAGAACGGGAAUUGACAUGCUCGUGUAUCGUGGGAACAUAUCCGUUUGUGAAGACGUAACUUACCGCAAGCCGAAAGAUGUGGUGAUUGACGUUGCAUCACUGGAUGGAGAGAAUAAUGCGAACGUUUGUGGUGACGGUGUAGCCGGGACUCUGAUGUGUCCUAACUUAGGACUACGCAUGUACCAGUGUUUCCGGUUUAUGUCUGGGGCGCAGUCGGGUAACCCGCGAAAUCUGAAUACUUUGUGGAAAAUGUUGCGCCGAAUGUUUUCUAUCCCAGGCGACCAACUAUGUCGUAUUCGUUGUGACCGUACGAACGAAAUGUCGAAGGAGUAUGAUCGCGGAAGUGUGAUCUCGACCAACUAUGUGGGUGGAUCAGAACCCCUCAUGAGUCUCGGACAGGUUAUGGGCGAUUCUACGUUCGAGCCGGAGCGAGAUCUCCGAGAAUUCGAACUAAGAAUGAGGCGGAUGUUCUCGGCUGACACGGUCGCCAAGCAUAACCAUAAACUUAGCCAAAUGUGGUUCGGUAUCCCUUGUGGCGGGGAAGUCUGGACAUUCCCAAUGUAUUUUGAUCGUAUCGACCCCCUUUGCAGAUGUCCCAAACUUAGAGUCACAUGCCAAACGGCAAACGAUGCAGGCGAGAAGCUCUAUGUAUCCGUUGACACUUUCAACAUUCAAGACACCCCUCAGUGGAUGGCUUCUCAUAGCGUUCUUCCGGAGUCACACAUAACAGGACGACGAACGCCCAUGCAGAUCAAACGCUGCUUCUACCAAUGCCUUACUCAGCUCUUUCAAGAUACACCACGCUCAAACAAAGAGCAAGGCUACACACCUCAAGACGACCUUGAACUAGGGCGCACUAGACCACUAGGGCACACUAGACCAGAACGUAGUACACCACUAUCCGACUGA